UGGAGACAAUUUCAAAUUUUCAGAUGAAAGUUACUAACCGUAUUAAGAUAUUUCCGUAUUAUGUUUUUUUUUUUUACUAGUGACUGAGUAAUAUGCGCGCUUUCUCUCAGUGUGGUAACAUUGCAUUUCUUUCGUCUGUCUCACGCUGUGUGUACACACCACUGUCCAAAUAAAUAUCUUGAAAAUUGUCCAGAUAUUAGCUAGGAUUAUCACCACAUUGUUUGUCAAUUCCACGCGGGAAUGCUGAUCAAUAAAUAUAAACUUUAUAGGUUUAAUUAUCACACAUUCAUUCAAAGCUCGAAUGACCUAAACGUUGGCUUUCAUAUCAGAUCGACAAAAAAUGAAGGCGGAGGAUAAUCGCCUAAUUUAGACACCCCAUUUGACGUCGACAAGCAUAUUACAUGUGUCAAGUAUAUUACUUGCACAUUUCUAAAGUAAUCUAUUUCCGAAACAGAGAUGAAUUUGGCGGAAUUUUGGACGGGUGUUGUUAUGCUGGUUGCAGGUACCUCCACAUGCACUCUUGUGACAGAAUUUUCCUCCAAUAGAACUGUGUUAUUUGGAAAUGAUGCCACUCUUUUAUGUACUGUCAAGUAUCAAACAGAGGGGACUGUUGUACUAUGGAAAAAGAUUGACUCGGGGUCAAUCAUACUGACCCUAAACAACAAGACGACUUAUCGUGAUAAGUACAUAGUGGCAAAUCCAUACAACUUAAUCAUCAAAAGUGUGCAGUUUCAAGAUGAGGGUCUCUAUGAGUGUGAUACAGGAGAGCAACGCCUUACGGUGGCAUUACAGGUAGCAGUUCCAAUGUCCAACAUGUCAAUGUAUUGGAAUGUUCCCCAACCUUACCAACCGAACACUUUCGUAAAUCUGACAUGUGUGUCUAUAAAUAGCCGCCCGCCUGCGACUUUACGCUGGUUUCGUGGAGCCCAUGAGGUGACCCACGCCUCGGUCAAUAAUAAUCGAUGGACUCGGGAAAAUGGUUAUGGGGACUCUUCCAGCACACUAGUUGGUCAGGUUUCAUCGGAGGAUAUUCCCUAUGUUUGUAUUGCAGACUUACCAGAUAACCCGGGCGUUCGAACUGAAUUCUUGUUUCCGUCACUAAUUGGCGCAGUAAACCGUCCCAACAGCAGAUAUUUCACUCACGUAGCAAUACCGUUAUUUUUUUGGCUUUUAUCUUAUAUCCUGUGUUUGUAAUCUAUCCGAUUUGUGAUUUGUUUUUCAAAUUUUGUAAUAAGUUUGUAUUUUCACUAGCUCUUGAAAAGUCGAUUGCUACCCUACUUGAAAUCUUUUUAUAAUGACAUGGAGAAAAAGUACAUUUAAAACCAUAAAUUGCCAACAUUAAUUUUGUUGGGGAAAAUACAGAGAAGGGAUUACAAGGCCCAGUGGUCAAGUACCUGUGGGUGAGAGGCUCUUCGAUUUGUUUCAAUUGACAUCGCGUUGAUGGCUGCGUCACCUGGGGAUCAUUUUAAAACAUUGAAGAUGACACUUUCAUUCUAUUUACGGUGAUGGUGCUAAAACCUGUCAGGAAACUGAAGCAAUCAACAUAAACAGUUGUCUACAGUUGUGGUGGAAAACUCUGUGUAUAUUCCGACAAUGAAGUGUUUUUGCGAAUCUAAAUAAAAUCGUAAUUUUGA